GCUGCGGAACCCAAAGAGCAGACGAAAGCACGAGGAGUAUUCACUGUGGACUUCAUGGAUGAGAGAAAGAAGCAUUUUCACAGAACAAGUGAUUUUUAUUAUUUCUUUCCUCACAUUAUUGAAGUUUUUGACUUGUUUUUCGGCAUCAAAACUGUGACGGGCGAUACAUGCACCGACAGCUGGACUACAGUUUCAUUUCUUAAAGUGUAGCCUAUUAGUAACUGUGGAAGUCCGGAGUUCAUAUUGCCGUCUUCUUCUUCUAAAUGAGGUCUUAUUUAGGCUAUAUAAAGCCUCAUAAUUGUUUCUUAAUUACCAAUAUUCUCUUUUAAAAGUCACUAUACUGUUUACGCGAGGGCACCUCGCGCCUCCUGGAAUUACCGUGGAUUUUUUUUUACAUCAUUAUGAAGCGUUGUCGAGCCUCACAAGCGAUGUUCAACUUUCCUGUGAGAUUCUCCACACAGCCGUGUGUCCUGACGCUUAUUUAGACGGAUCACACAUCCACGACCAUUAGACUGCUUUUAACAACAGACACUUGUGGCACUGCACUACAAAUUUGGGACUUUUCAAGGGAUGGCACUUAUAUACUUUUAAUGUUUAAGGUGCUUCCCAGACACUUAAGAAGACAUUUAAAACCCACGAAACAGUCGAGAUGACAACAUUUAGUAACUGCACCGCAGGAGAGACUCGUGUUGAGAUGCUUGGAGGGGGAAACAUCUAACCGAUACUCUGUUUCGUGCUUAUAAAGAGAUGAAGGCUGUGUGUAUCGUCCUGUAGACAUUAAGGAAGAUUUGUCGGUGGGAAAACACUGACCCGUUCCCUUCUCCUUCCCCGAACCAACUUCAGAGGAACUGAAAAUGCUGCGUCUCAGCCUAGCUGGGCUCAUAUUGUUCAUUCUUUGCAGAGUCAUCGACAGUCGGAUGCUGAUGGAAGGACUGCAGAGAUUUGGUGCCAUCCCAACGUAUCUUCCAGUCCGAUAUCAGGUGCUAAACGCAGAAUCUGCCUUCUUCCUGAAAGAGGCCAACCAGGACAUCAUGAGAAACUCCAGCCUGCAGGUUCGUACAGAACUUUUCUUUAUCCAACAAGCCAGAAAGACGCCGUCGGUCAAUGCCAGUUACGGACCGCUGUAUGUGGAACAGCCCGUGCCCAUGGAGCUUCUGGGCCCAGGACUCUUCAACAACCCUUCAUCCACGUCCCCAUCAUCCACUUCUUCUCCACUCUUUAGUUUUAACUGGAAAGUGCAGACUUUCAUUAUCAGUGAGCGAAUCCACCCCAGUUGGCCAAAGGUUCAGGUUCUCUUCUACUUAGUAGGCCGGGACUGGGACGACUACAGUGCCAUGGACAAGUUGCCAUGUGUAAGGAUGUUUGCCUUCCAUGAAACCCAAGAGGUACGAGGCACCUGUCGUCUGAAAGGGGAACUCGGACUGUGUGUGGCUGAACUGGAGCCACUGCCUAGCUGGUUCAGUCCCCCUAGUGUCAUACCAGGUCGACAGAGAUCUCCAGAGCUGGUUGAAGGCACUCCCGUGGAGCUGUAUUACAUGCUACAAUCCACUGACACUGGGGAAUGCAGCUCGGAGGACUCCCGCAAGACCAACUCCAUCCGCACUGGCCAACUGGGUCCGGCCGGUUACUUCUCAGGGCCCACACCCAUGCGCAGGAUCGGCAGUGUACGGCUGUUCCAGCCACUCUCUGAGCUGCGUUUGGACAGUAACUUUGUGGUGAUGGUUCCCUCCAGACCCAUCAGGCAGAGGGAGACGGUGUCAGCCUUCCUCGCUGUCUCCACCCUUUCAUCAGUAGAGAUCUUCACUUUAAGGGUCAAGUUGAAGGAUGGUGUGGCGUUUCUGGGGGCGAGGGCCAGCAACCCGGUUCAGUGGACAGUUAGUCAAGACGUCAGGAGUGAGGGACACAGAGUGGUCACUCUGCACUGCCGUAGGAAGGAAGCCAACUUCGGAAAAAGGGUGGAGGCCGGUUUCCAGAAGGUUCUACAGGUGGAUCUGGAGGUCAACGGGUUGUUGGAUCCUCUGGGAAGUCGCUCAGUGACAUGGCAGAUUGAGUACCCCAUCUCCCGGACCCUCUCAGACGAGAUCCAGACCCUCAUCCGUCUGGCACCACAUGACCUUGGCGGCAUCGUGCCAUUGGCUAUGGAGACAGAGAUCCUUAACACCGCAGUGCUCACCGGGAAGACUGUUGCCAUGCCAGUUAAAGUGGUCACCGUUGGAACCGAAGGUACUGUGACCGAUGUGACCGAGUCGGUGGAAUGUCGCUCGACGGAUGAGGACGUGGUUAAGGUGUCCGAAAGGUGCGAUUAUGUGUACGUCAACGGAAAGGAGACGCGUGGGAGAGUGCGGAUGAUGGUGAACUUUACCUACAGUUACCUAAGCGCUCAGCUGGAGGUGAGCGUGUGGAUGCCUCGACUCCCCCUGCAGAUCGAGAUGUCUGAUCCAGAGCUCAGCCAGAUCAGGGGCUGGAGAGUUCCUACAGAUGCUGCCAGCCAGAGGUUUGGAGAGGAUGACGGGGAUGAAGGAGCCAAGAAGGACCGGAGCUGUGGUCCACAGUACCAGAGCACCACCGUCCGUGUCCUCACACACUUUGAGGCUGAGCCAGAGGAGUGGCAGGGCCAGCCAGACUUCCUCUUGGGCAGUGAUUGGCAGGUGGACGUGACAGAGCUGGUGAGGGACUCGUUAAGGGUGGGGGAUGAACGCGUGGCCAAGCUGUCAGAGGAACAGGUUCUGAUCGGUCUGAACACCGGCACCACCAAAGUUCAGGUGAUGUCCCCAUUGUCAGACUCAGUUCUGGCUGAGAGGACGAUCCGGGUUCUGGAUGAUAAAGUCAGUAUAACAGAGCUGGGUGUGCAGCUGGUCUCUGGCCUUUCCUUGAACCUUCAACUCAGCCCAGGAAGCAACAGGGCCAUCAUUGCCACGGCUACCACACAGGAGACCAUGCACAAUGCUAAUCAGGAGUCCCUUGUCAGUGCGUGGCUUCAGUUCAGCGAUGGCUCCAUGACCCCUCUUGACCUCUAUAACCCUGCACAUUUCAUCCUAACAGCCACCUCGCUGGACGACAAGGUGGUAUUGGUGAGAAAAAGCACCACCUGGAGGUGGCCGGUGGUGGUGGCUAAGGGUGAAGGGCAAGGCAUGUUGGUCCGCCUGGAGAUGUAUGGACCCGAAUCGUGCCUAAAAACCAAGCGCCGCACACUUCUGGCAGCAGGCAACGCGAACAUCUAUGUGAAGUUCGGCCGUGGCGAUGAAACGGGAAACAGUGCGAGCGACAGGAGAUACAGGCCCAAUGCUCCAUACUACGGAGGUUCAAUCUCAGACAUGGAGGCUGGAAUCAUGAACCGAGGUGCUACCACCAUCAAAACCUCCAUUCCAGGGAAAGCAAGCGGUGACAGGCUCUCAGCUGGUGAUAUUCCGGUUGAUUUCUCUGAAUUCCCAGCUCAAGGAGACCUUCCACCUGGACAUAACACAGAGGAUGACUUAAUGCAGACUCGCCGUGGGCUCACAGAUCUGGAAAUAGGCAUGUACGCCCUGCUAGGUGUCUUCUGCUUGGCCAUCCUGGUAUUCCUAAUCAAUUGCGUGUCCUAUGCCCUUAAGUAUCGCAACAAGCAGCUCCCAUUGGAGGGCCAGGAGACCAUGGCUCACGCCCACGACUGGGUCUGGUUGGGCCAUGACGCAGAGCUAUUGGAAAGCCAAGCGGGUUUGUGUCUUGAUCAAGAGGAGCUAGGCGGAACCAUGGACUCCGGGCUGGGCCUGGAAGAGGGUAGCCAGCUCCUCAAUGGCCUUUCCUCUCAGAAGAGUGUGCAAGGCCAGGUCCACAGGUCGGCCUCUGACUCGGGGUGCACUGGGAGAGAUCACAAGAGCGAGUCCAUAAACUCACCCACUACCAAACGGAAACGAGUCAAAUUCACCACUUUCAGCCAUAGCAAGCCCAGCAAUGGCUGCCCCUCCAUAAGCCCUCUUCUCAUUGGUCAGAACGACAUCAAAUGGGUUUGCCCAGACAUCGAGCUCGGGGACUCCAAAGAGCUCCGAAAUUACAUGGAAAGGUUAAAUGAAAAUGCUACUAAGAACAUCGCAUAGUGGGCUUGAAUUUAUUUAUGUAUUUUUCAGACAAAAGCGUAGCUCACCCAUAUGCCUUCUGGAUAAGGUGGUGGUUGGUGGUGGUUGGUGGUGGUUGGUGGUGGGAGGGGGGGAGGUUGGCCUGACUCUACUGCACUCAGACAAACUCACAUCUCACCAUGAAAAGGCAAGCCAUUCAUCUGGUCUUGUUUCCAUGGCAACUGUCAUGAGGGUUCAUCAUCAGGAAAGAAGGAAAACAGAGAUGGUUGUGAAACCGCUGAGAAUGUGAGAACAUUGGAUUAUGAGAAAUGUUUCAAUUGAGAUGUCUAUAUUUUCUUUUUUUCCAAGAAGAGGAUAUUCCAUUCUAUUUUGAAAUAUAUAUAUAAAUAUAUAUUUGUUUUUUUCUUUUCUUUUUCCUUUUUUUUAAUUUAUCACACUAAAGCCUGGUUAGUGGUGUUAUCUUUUAGUGAGUGAAUAUCUCAAAAACACUAAGAGCUGACAUUCAAACAUAUCAGUGGCACGCUGGAAAGCGAAGCAUUUCCACAAGUUGAACAUUGACUGGCUCUGACGAUGAGUGAGAACACCUUUUGUAGGGUUUUACAUAUUUUUAUACAUCUCUAUUCCUGUCCGUGUUAGUGCGUCUACUGUAUUUCUCAAAAGACUGACUCCCAUAUGUAAGAGCAUGUGAAUUCAAAGUAUGGACAAAAAAUGUCUAUUUUGGAACUUUUUCCACCAACAGUUUGAAUGAACAUGUAUAUACAGAGGAAGACUUCUGGGAAAACAGGCAGAUCAAUGACCCUCCACGUCUCUUUGAGAGCUGUUGAGCAAAUUGUAUUGUUGUAGGUAGUGUUAUCAAUAUUGUAUAAUAUGUUGUUUACAGUAUUAGAAUGAUAGGUGGUAUGCACUCCAAUUGCUUAUGUAUGUGUGCUAUAGCUAUAGCAUUUUGUUUUCUUUUGAUGUUUGUUUGUUUCUUUUGUUCCAUUCUGCUUAGUUUUUCCCCUUACAGUGAUUGCAGUAUAGAACAAGAAAUAUCUAACCUUCCUAAAUGAAUGUUCCACAGAUUAGCCAAAUAAUUAGGCUAAAUUUAACAAGAUCUGAUGAGUUUGGGACUGCAAUCCUGAGAUAAUGUGAUCGAUGCAGCGGAGAGACAUACAUACUUUGUUAAGAAAACCACAGAACAGUUAUAUGUGAACAAAUUGAUUAGUCAAACACUCAGUCUACAUUUGUGAACCAUUUCUAACCAUCAUAAAGGACGUAAUCAAUACUCAAUUACCCUUAACACAAUUUAUUUCAUAAACAAUUCUUAAAGAUAGCGUGUGCCAACUAAUUCCCCAUCCAGGUGUGUUGGCAUGAGAGUCGAUGCAAAUGUCUAAUUUAAGACUGUAUUAAUUAGAAUAAAGUCUAAUUAAUAGUAUAAAUUGUAUUAAUUAUUUCUCUCCGCUGUUCGCUGCUUGUCUUCUAUUUUAUGAUCCGGAAACAAGUUCUUGAAGACCACAGAGGAAAAAUUGUACAUGAGGUUCUUCCAGUGUUCAAGACGGUCUGGUGUUGACUUGGAAUACACAGUGAUCCUAUCAAGUCAGUACUCUUGAAAAAUGUUCCCCUUAUAUGUGAUUAGUCUAUGUUUGUUAUGUAGCAUUUGAGUUACUUUUCAGAUGCCAAGCGUAUGAGAAGUGUUUUUAUUAUUUAAUUGUAGUCUGUUUUUUGGGCUGAAAAGCACUGCCUAUUACCAUAAACGACAUGAAAACCAUAUUUUAAUUUAUGCAGUACAUCACUGUUUUCUAUUUGUAUAUUAAAUAAAACAUCACAUCCUGCUUUUCCACUUUUCCACCAGUUGAAGGCGCUGAUAUCUAACCCCUGCUGCCUCAAAGGGGUCAUGCAGGUUUUGAUGGUCAUUCUCUUUGACAGGCGCGUGACCCAAGUUUCCAAAUAAAGGUUAUAUCUUUAAAACUG